UUUACCUCUGCUCGUCGCAAAAACAGAACGAAGAAAAUACGGCGCGCUAAAAAAUGGAGGAAAGCUCCGGCGCUCUCUCCGACGCCGCAAUCGAAACCCUAAGAAGCCGAGGAUGGUGCUUCGGCGGCGACUUGGAGCAAGUCCAAGCGAUGAUCCUGAUCCACUCCGCCUUGGCCGACGACACCCGAACGGUGGUGAACUCAGUCGAAUCGGAGCUCCUCAACAUGGAUCUCAAAUCCGUCGGAGCCAAGUCGUUGCCCGACCCGGCCGCUCUUCGCAAGUCAUCUCAUCUUGUCGGUCCCAAAGUUCUCCAGAUAGCUUGGGUUAGAGACAUUACGAGUAGUAAUGUUGACGAUUUUGCGAGGAAUUCUAGUCGGCGGCUUUUGAAACUUGGUCUCAGUGAUGGACAUGGUGAGGUAGCAGCUAUAGAGUACUUCCAUAUCCCUUCAUUCUCCGACGACGUCGUUCCGGGCACUAAGGUCCGCCUGGAAAAUAAAGCUAUUAUACGAAAUGGGAUGGUAUGUUUGACUCCUAAAGUCUUGACCGUGUUAGGAGGUGUUGUUCAGUCCCUUUAUGAAGAAUGGCAGAUGAAUAAAAAAUAUUCAGGUUUUUCGCGUUCAACUUUAAGGCUUUCAAAGGAAAGCGAUGGUAAUGGCCCUCCUCCAUUUGAGAAGUUGCAAGUUGGGGCACCCAAAACUCAGUUUCCUCGGCAGGACAAGUCUUAUCAGUCUGAUGUUAACACUAAGAGCAGCGAUCCUACUAUCAGAUCUUCUGAGAUAAGACCAUCUGGAAAGCAACAGCAGAACCUUCUUUCAAAGUCAAAUGGUAUUGAUAACCCUAAUAAGAAAAAUGACGUGGAUGUCAAUCUAAAGACGGAUUCUGUUAAUGAAAGAACUGAAGAUAAACCUAGUAGCUCUGCAACAAGGCCAAAAGAAGUUGUUGAAGCUGUCCCUGUUCAAAACCAAGCAGCAGCACAGAAACUCCUCCAGAAAAUGAGUCAUCAAAACCAGGAUAGUAGGCAUUCAAGAGGUAGAAAAUUUAGAGGCAAGGGUAGGGAGGAAGAGUCGGAGGUAUUCACUUUGGAAGAAUGGGAAAAGAGGAAAGCUGGGGCAAAGCCUUCCAUAACCGCCACUUCUGCAGUUGUUCAUCGUGAUGAGGAACUUGCUUGGCAGCUUCAAAAUCAGUUUGAUUUAGAAGAUUCUCAUGCACAAAUGGGUCCUCAAAAUGUGGAGGCAGAGGAUAUUAAAUUGAGCAUGUUUAAGUAUGAGAAGAAUGACGACUGGGGUAGUGGAAUGGGAAAUGAGAGGAGAGGGAGAGGGAGAGGGAGAGGGAGAGGGAGAGGAAGGGGAAGAGGAUGGGAAGAUGACGACGGUGGUUAUGGAUCGGAACAUGGAAGGAGCGGAACAGGGAGAGGAUGGGGAAGAAGGGAUGAUGGUGGUGGUGGUGGUGGUUAUGGAAUGGAACAGGGAAGGAGCGGAAGUGGGAGAGGAUGGGGAAGAAGGGAUGAUGAUGGUGGGGGUUAUGGAAUGGAACAUGGAAGGAGCGGAAGUGGGAGAGGAUGGGGAAGAAGGGAUGAUGAUGGUGGGGGUUAUGGAAUGGAACACGGAAGGAGCGGAAGUGGGAGAGGAAGGGGAAGGGGGAGGGGGAGUAGAGGGAGAUGAAGUGGAACAUUUGAUUGAAUUUUUGUACCUCCUAUCUGAUUUUCCAAUCUUUUUUGUUUUGUGUCAGGUAGAUUUUGUUCUUGAUACAUGGUCGUGGUGAAAUCUCAUUUCCUAGUGUAUUUUUCCGGUUUUGCUUCAUUUGUUCUCAUUACUCGACAGAGUUUUGUCUCCCGUUUCUUUAUGUCAUAGUCUCUUUGCUGAA